AUGGCGCCCUUUCUUUCGAAUAGCCCUAAGAUGGUCGAUGGAACUAGAUCAAACGGAACCGGAGGGGAUACAGCAAUAGGAGGAAUGUCGAGUAGCGCUCAGGCUAGCCAUUCGGUUCAAAUUCAAGAUGCUGUCGACACGGAGUUUCUUAUUGUUGGGGCAGGGCCUGCGGGUGCUGCCUUGGCUUGUUUUCUUGGUUCUCAUGGGUUCAAGGGUAUCAUGAUCAGCAGCGCUUCGGGAACAGCGAACACCCCUCGCGCACAUAUCACCAACAUGGCUGCCCUAGAAUGUCUACGAGACAUUGGUCUAUACGAGGAACUUGAAAGAUUAGGAUCCACGGGGGAAGAACAUAUGCAACACACCAGAUGGUGCCACAGUAUGGCAGGUGAGGAGUACGCACGAAUUCAUUCCUGGGGAAAUGACCCCAGAAGGAAGGGAGAAUAUAAACUGGCUAGUCCAUGUGAACCGUUCGACCUGCCACAGACUGUUCUAGAACCGGUUCUAGUUCGUCAUGCGGCUUUGAAAGGCUUCAAGUGUCGUUUUGAUACGGAGCUUGUUUCGUUCGUUGACGACGCGAAGACUGGUCUGAUCACAACAACUAUUCGUGAUAACGUCUCAAACCACGAAUACCAGAUCCGCACACGGUAUCUAUUUGGGGCAGAUGGUGCCCGGAGCCAGGUGGUGAAGCAACUUAAUUUGCCUCUCGUAGUCCAGCCUGACCAAGGUAUUGCAAUUAAUGUGCUGGUCAAAACUGAUCUCUCCCAUUUGGUCAAAAACCGAAAAGGCAAUCUCCAUUGGGUGAUGCAGCCAGAUCGUGAACACCCUCAUUUUGGCUGGAUGGGUAUCGUACGCAUGGUAAAGCCCUGGAAUGAAUGGAUGUUCAUCUUAUUCCCAGAUCGCGACUAUGAUCGUUCUCAAAGCAAGCCGUCUAAGGAGGAAUACCAAAAAAGAGUCCGAGAGUUCAUUGGCGAUGACACACCCGCCGAAAUUCUAGAUGUCUCCACGUGGUAUAUCAAUGAGAUUGUUGCGGAGGAGUACUCAAAGGGUAAUGUCUUCUGCCUUGGUGACGCCGUCCACCGCCAUCCACCAUUAAACGGGCUGGGCUCAAAUACCUGCAUCCAGGACGCCUUCAAUCUCGCCUGGAAGGUCGCUUAUGUCUGCAAAGGUCUUGCGCUACCCUCACUUCUAUCCACUUAUUCCAUGGAGCGACAGCCUGUAGGUCACUCGAUUAUCACCCGAGCAAAUCAGGCGUAUCGCGACCACCAUCACGUGUGGGAGGCGCUAGGCAUGCUGCCUAAGGACCUGUCUGCGCGGAAGGAGAUUCUGCAGGAGUUAAAGAGCGCAACUCCGGAAGGAUCAAAGCGCCGCCGUGCCUUCUACGCAGCAAUCAAGCAUACCUCUCAUGAGUUCCACGGCCUAGGAAUUGAAAUGAACCAACAUUACGAGGGCCAGGGGAUCUACAUAGUCGAUGAACCGCAUCCCUAUGUGCCACUCGGACGGGCAGCCGAGGAUAUAGUACUGUAUCAUGAACCGAACACGUACCCUGGCUCUCGCUUGCCGCAUGUCUGGCUCAAUAAGGCAACGCCGGAGGAGCCUAUCUCGACAAUCGACCUUGCUGGCCAUGGCUCUUUUACCCUCUUUACUGGAAUCGGAGGUGGUGCAUGGAGUAAAGCAGCUGAAAAUAUUGCGGAGAAGCUCAAAGUUCCAAUCCAGGCAUACUCCAUUGGAUUCGGCCAAGACUGGGAGGAUGUGUACCUUGAGUGGGAAAGUGUCCGGGGCGUGGAAGAAUCAGGGGCUGUGUUGGUGCGACCCGAUAGAUUCGUUGCAUGGAGAGCGUCGGAGGUUUUAUAUGAGACUAAAGCAUGCGAGGCGAAGCUUCUAACAGUCGUGCAAACUAUUUUAGGACAUGUCGAUCCAUAG